AAAGCCCGCCCCCAGCUUGUGGCUCUUGAAUGAAGACGCAGAAGAGACGCGAAGAGGAAUAAGUGUACUGGAUAAGUAUAAGGACUUCACCUUUGUCGAGGUUGUGUGUCUUUGGAGCUAUAUUUUGAUCUGGCUGUCUUGGAUUAAACAUCCAUUUUGGGUUUUUUUGUUUGGAUAGUCGAUUUGUUUUGUUUACCGGAUGCGGGCACCAGUGCGUAAUUGGAAAGGUUUUGGGUAUGGCGCGUCUCCAUCUGCUGGCUCUGUCCCUCCUGCUGCCCCUGGUUGCCUCCUCGGGGUUAUUUGAGCUGAAGGUGCACUCUUUCAGCACCACACACCGAUUCUGCAGGAGAACUCGAGACUGCAACAUCUUUUUCCGCAUCUGCCUCAAGCACUCGGAGGAUGUGAUCUCCGCCGAGCCGCCUUGCACCUUCGGCACCGGACAGACCGGAGUGAUGCGGGCCGAACCGGGUGCCAUCUCCAACAGCGCUGCUAUCCGAGUGCCCUUCCACUUCAAGUGGCCGGGAACUUUUUCUCUGGUUAUUGAAGCCUGGAAUGCCGAGUCACCCAAAGAGCAUGCUGACCACACAGAGAACCAGAACAACCUGAUCAGCCGUUUAGCGACCCGGCGGCGUUUAGCGAUCGGUGAGGACUGGUCCCAGGACGUGCACUUCGGUGAACAGAGUGAGCUCCGCUACUCUUACCACGUGUUCUGUGACGAGUUCUACUACGGAGACGCGUGUUCAGAUUACUGCAGGCCUCGUGAUGAUACACUUGGCCAUUACACGUGUGAUGAAAACGGAAACAGACAGUGUCUGGAUGGCUGGCAGGGAGAAUACUGCUCUGAUCCCAUCUGCUCAGCGGACUGCAGCGAUCGUCACGGUUACUGCGAGGCCCCCGGUGAGUGUAAGUGUCGUCUGGGGUGGCAGGGCCCGUCUUGCAGCGAGUGUGUACGCCACCCCGGCUGUCUGCACGGCACCUGCACGCAGCCCUGGCAGUGUGUGUGUAAAGAAGGAUGGGGAGGUCUCUUCUGUAACCAGGACCUGAACUACUGCACCAACCACCGACCCUGUGCUAACGGCGCCACCUGCACCAACACUGGGCAAGGCAGCUACACCUGCACCUGCAGGCCGGGAUACGGCGGCACCGACUGCGAGCUUGAGAUCAACGAGUGUGACUGCAACCCCUGUAAGAACGGCGGCAGCUGCAAUGAUCUAGAGAACGAUUACUCGUGCACGUGCCCUCAGGGAUUCUAUGGGAAAAACUGCGAGAUCAUAGCAAUGACGUGUGCCGACGAUCCGUGCUUUAACGGAGGAACGUGUGAGGAACGUUUCACUGGAGGCUACGUCUGCCGCUGCCCCCCCGCCUACACUGGUUCCAACUGUGAGAAGAAACUGGACCGCUGCAGCCACAAACCCUGCGCUAACGGUGGUGAGUGUGUGGAUGUGGGCUCAGGGGUGCUGUGUCGAUGUCGUCCGGGAUUCGCCGGGCCGCGCUGCGCCGUUAAUGUGGACGACUGCGCGCGUUCUCCGUGUCAGAACUCGGGCACGUGCGUAGACGGUGUAAAUGACUACACGUGCUCGUGCACACUCGGAUUCACUGGAAAGAACUGCAGCGUGCGUGCUGAUGCCUGCCUCUCACACGCUUGCCUGAAUGGUGGUACCUGCUACACACACUUCUCAGGCCCAGUGUGCCAGUGUGUGCCUGGAUUCAUGGGUCCCGGCUGCGAGUUCCCCGUGCUGGAUAGGGCAGGUCUGGAGCGGGCAGCGUCACGCAGCUCCCGAGGCUCCUCCCCUUCCACGGUGGCGGCGCUGUGCGUGCUGGGCGUGCUGGCAGCUUGCCUAGGUGUGUGCGUGGCUGUGGUGUUCUUGAGGCGUAGGAGGCAGCGUCUGCGCAGACAACAACUCUGCGACUCUGUCUUCAAUGACCUCGAGACCGUCAACAAUCUCGACCGCCAGCACUACCCAUACGAACGCGAAUUCCUGUCAAGAGCUGUCAGUCAAGUGAAGCCAAGCAACAACGAGGCCAGGCUCAGCAGCUCACUGGCUCCCGGGCACACACUUCCCGCUGGGAUGGACUUCCUGUGGAGUGCCGGAGGGCCGGGGAUGAGAUAACAUUCACACACACAUACAGUACACACAGGCACAUAGGUUCAAGAAACAGUUUUAAACACCACUAACGCACAAACCGAGUAGAGAACGAACGCGAUGUAAGCACUUCUUUUCCAUAUUUCGUUUUAUACCGAAUGAGAAAACUCAUUAAAAUUGUGACACAGAAAGUGAUAUCGGACCUUUGGAGUUUAGGCUCCAAAAAACAAACAAAAAAAAAAAACAA